CUCGUUUCUUUCUACACUGCUGCCUUUCAUCCACCAAAAGAGGACGGAUACGUCCUGACUUCACUGAGCACAGUAACGAUUUACUGCAGAUAUGUCCGAGGAGAUUGAAGAAAUGACGGCUUCGGAAGUGCAGCAGUGAACCACUUGUGUACUUGGUGUACUGUUUUAACAGGAAAUGGAGGACAAAGUUAUCAGCCCUGAGAAAGCAGAGGAGGCCAAAUUAAAGGCCAGGUAUCCUAAUAUGGGAGCCAAGCCCGGAGGUUCCGACUUUCUCAGGAAAAGACUACAAAAGGGGCAAAAGUAUUUUGACUCUGGGGAUUACAACAUGGCCAAGGCAAAAAUGAAGAAUAAACAGCUGCCAUCUGCGCCAACAGAGAAGGCUGAGAUCACGGGGGGCCACAUCCCAACACCUCAGGAUCUGCCUCAAAGAAAGACUUCCAUUGUGGCCAGCAAGCUGGCUGGUUGAUGUUUUUAUAUUCAUUGUAUUAUUUACUGUUCUAUUCCCCUACUUCAUAGCUACCUGUCAGUUUCAUUUUGGUUGUAUUUAUUUCUCAGUUUUGUAUGUAUACCCACAGAACAUGAUAUGUAUUAAGCCAAAUUCCAGAUAAGAUGUGGAAGGAUUUGGUUUGCAAUCAGAAAUAUAAUAAGCAGAAAUAUGUUGUUAUCUGAAGAUCUCAAAAACUUGAUGAUGUACUAAUACGUGAUUGCGACCAACUGUUUAAAGAAUCUGCGUUCAUCACAACAACAAAAAAUGUCAAUUAGAUACUAAAACAUGAUGUGUAAAAGUAGGGUGUUUAACUGGUAAUAUUUUGGGUUGAAAGCUUGUUUUAGGUUCAUCUGCUCAUCUGAAGGAAUAGCUGUGUAGUAUAAAGUGAAGUAACUAUGCUGUUUUAUUUCCUACCUACUUUGUUUGCUUUCUACUUGUGAAGCAUUUCAAUAACAAGCUCUCUAACUCCUGAAUAUUUGAUCACACAUGCAAACACUUUGUAGCCGCAUGUAUUUUUUUUAUUCAUUUUAGUGACAUUGGUUUGCCAUGACUUGCUGCUGGUUUCCAUCUCAUCAGACCUCAAAAAUGGCCUUAAAAAUUAUGAACCAUUGCUCUUGAGCAAUAUUUGCUCCCUCAGUGAGAUUCUUGGUUGUGAAAUUUGCCUGAAAUGUCUGUCACCGUCUGACUGAAUCACUUAGGAUUUUAUGGGACCUCCUUUGACAUGUAUGGGGUGUGCUUGUGCACAUAUGGUGCAGUCACACUGUGCCAUUCGUUUUGUAAAUAAAAUAGUUUUGCAUAAUAA